AUGCUUUUCUUGCGCCAGCUAACCCUCGGUCAAUACAGUUGCUUGGUUCAUUGGCUGCCUCACAGACACCUGACGCUUAUCCUGUCGGUUAUCCGCUACUCCUUCUCGUGGAUCCGAAUGAAUUACUACUCCCGCACCGCCCAGUUCUCCUACCGCCUGACCUUCAUCGCCGCUGCCGUCACAUAUGGCAUCGUCGUCUACAAGACCCUGCGCGCCCGUUCCAAGGCCGGUGCCAAGCUGCAGGCCAGUGCUACGUCCCUGAUCUUUGACGAGAAUGUCCAGUACCUGCGUAUGUUCCGAGCUAUGCUGACCUCUGUCCCUGCUGGCUUUACUGACCUCGCUGCAGUCAUGGCCCUUGUCUGGCUCUUCUCCCCCCAGUAUCCUCUCGCCAUGCUCCCCUACGGCAUCUACUCCAUCUUCCACUUCGCUACAUACACCCGCUCCAACCUGAUCCCGACCAUCAUCCCUCCCAAGCAGAUCACUCCUGCUACUGGCGCAUCACCGAGCGGCAAGCCUCAGUUCGCUCCUCACCCCAUUGCGGAUGCCAUUGGCAGCUUCGUCAAGGAGUACUACGAUACAUCCAUGCUGGUUGUCUCUGGUCUCGAGAUCUUGCUCUGGAUCCGCCUGCUCCUGGCCGCCAUCUUCUUCCAGCGCCGCAGCUGGAUCCUGCUCGCCAUCUACACCACCUUCGUCCGCGCUCGUUUCGCCCAGAGCAGCCACGUCCAGCAGAGCUUCAGCCUGCUCGAGGCCAAGGUCGACAAUCUGGUCGGUGCGCAGGGCACCCCGCCGGUCGCCCGUCAGGUCUGGGAGGGUGUCAAGGGUGGUGCCCGACAGUUCCACUCGGCUACGGAUGUUAACAAGCAUCUGAACGGCGCUGCUGUCCCGAAGAAGACCUCGUAA